UGCGCAGUCCACACCAAUCCUCGAAGCAAACCAGAACACUGACAAAGGAAAGACCAAAAUCGAGUCAAAGGAUGAGGAGACUGAAAUUCAAAUGGAAGCCGAGAUGAGAGAAAAAGUUGAUUCAAGACAGGGGUGUUCUAGUAAAACAAAUAACGAGGUGAGAAACAACAACUACAAGACAACAAAUAAUGACUACCGUACACGAGAAACGAACCCUCACAGGAAUGACGAAGGACAUAUUGAAAGAGGAAAUGAUCAAU